CCUCCAAAUCAUUGGAUUCAGGUGUUCCAAUCACCUCCAAAUCAUUGGAUUCAGGUGUUUCCAUCAGCUUCAUGGCCACAGGUAUAUAAAAUCAAGCACCCAGGUAUGCAGACUGCUUCUAGAAACAUUUGUGAAAGAAUGAGUCACUCUCAGGAGCUCAGUGAAAGUGUGGUACCGUGAUAGAUUGCCACCUGUGCAAUAAGUCCAUCUGUGAAAUUUCCUUGCUACUAAAUAUUCCACAGUCAACUGUAAGUGGUAUUAUAACAAAGUGGAAGCAACUGGGAACAAUAGCAACUC